GCAUUCGGAACAAAUUUGUUAUUUUCCCUACACAAAGAUGAAAUACAUUUUUUCCUGAAAUAAAGCAAUACAACCGUUGACAUGGAAUGUCCUUUAAUUUCAUCUAUCCAAAGAGUGAAUAUUUAUGAAACCAAAGCAAGGUUUUAUGUUGUGGGAUCCAACAAUACAGAAACUACCUUUCGUGUGCUGAAGAUUGACCGUACAGAGCCAAGAGAACUGCAUAUACAUGAUGAUAAACAUGUAUACAGCAAGCUUGAAAUAAUGAACUUGUUGACAACAAUAGAAUCUGGUAACCGUACAACAACAAAACAAAAACAGCAGUCUACUGGCCUCACCAGAAGUGUCUCAGCCUAUGGUAUUGUUGGUUUUGUGAAGUUUCUAGAGGGGUACUAUAUGGUGCUGAUCACAAAGAGAAGUAAAGUAGCUCUGAUUGGAGGCCAUACUAUAUACAAGAUAGAAGACACAGUCAUGCAAUAUAUACCUAACGAUGGAGUCCGAUACACACACCCUGAUGAGCCUAGAUAUGUAAAAAUGUUUCAGAGUGUAGAUCUUUCAAGCAAUUUCUACUUUAGUUACAGCUAUGACCUGACUCACACAUUGCAGUAUAACAUGGAACCUGUUGUCAACCCUGAAUGUAACAUUCCUACUGAUAGAUAUACUGACCACAGUACUGAAACUGCUGCACAAGCCAAGACUGAUAGCAACACAACAAUACCUGCUGUAAAAGAUAGUGAUAGUAAAUCCAUACAUGGCUGUGAUUUUGAGGUAUAUGGUGUGAAGACAAAACCUGAGACACGCUAUAUCUGGAAUAAGCACCUUACUGAUGUAUUCGGGAAAGAGGCUCAUCCUGACUGGGUGUUACAUCUUGUGUAUGGCUUCAUAGCACAGUGCAAUCUGUACAUAUAUGGCAAGUCAGUCUAUGUUACACUUAUAGCAAGGAGAUCCAAUGAGUUUGCUGGUACUAGAUUUCUAAAACGAGGAGCAAAUAGCCAGGGUGCUGUAGCAAAUGAAGUGGAGACGGAACAGAUUGUGUAUGACACUUCUGUAACGCACCUACACAAGAGUAAGAUCACAUCCUUUGUACAGAUGAGAGGAUCUAUACCAGUGUACUGGUCUCAGGAUAUCUCAAAAAUGGUGCCUAAACCUGUUAUACAACUUGAUCAGAGGGACCCAUACUUUGCCACUGCAGGGAUACAUUUUAACAAGUGUCUGUACAGAUAUGGCGCGCCAGUACUACUGCUUAACCUUGUAAAGAGGCGGGAGAAACGUCGACAUGAAAGUCAGUUGUGUGAUGAAUACAAGGAGUGUAAAACAUACCUUAAUCAGUUUUUACCACCUGAUAAACAAAUGGUCUAUAUUGGCUUUGAUAUGGCACACUAUACAAAAAAAAAGAGCAACAAUGUGUUAGAUAGACUGGCUGGCAUUUCUAAAUACUGUGUGAGGCAAACAGGCUUCUUUUUCCAUUCACCAAACAUGAAGGAAGUCUUUUUGGAUAGAGAGGAAUUUGAAGGUGUUCAGGGUUACAAGACAAAGACUGGUAGCAAACAAACUGGAGUUGUGAGAACAAAUUGUGUAGACUGUCUGGAUAGAACAAACACGGCACAGUUUGCUGUUGGCAAAUGUGCUUUAGCAUACCAGUUAUGUGCCCUUGAUGUAUUAUCCACACCAGACCUAGACUUUGAUACAGAUUGCCUCAGAAUGCUUGAGGAGCUGUAUGAAGAUCAGGGUGAUACAGUGGCUUUACAAUAUGGUGGAUCUCACCUGGUACACAGAAUAGAGGGAUAUCGAAAAAUAGCUCCCUGGAAGGCCCAUUCUUUAGAUAUACUGCAGACUUUGUCUAGAUAUUACAGUAAUGCAUUCUCAGACUUAGAAAAACAACAGGCAACCAAUAUAUUCCUGGGCUUGUUUUCUCCAAAAGAGAGUUUGCCAAACAUAUGGGAUCUACCAACAGACUUUUACCUACACAAUAAGGAUGCUAUGGGCAAGAAACUAAAGAGGAGAAGCUACACUAUGUGGUGUGACCCUGAUGUGUUUGACCAUCUACCACUACCUUAUGGAGAAGUGUGUAAAGCAGCAUACAGUUUAGUUAGAGUGUUCUCCAAGGACGAAGAGAGUGUUGAUGCUUUCUUUGAACAUUACAAACCAUACGAGAGAACUGAGUUCCAGAAACUAUUUGAAACAAUGGGCAAAGCUAUAAGCAAUUUUAAACCUAAAAUCUGGAGACAUGUAAGCCCUAGUCCAUUUGAGAGAAGGGUCAUUCCAGAGGCAAAAGAAAGCAGGUUAGCGGCUUUUUCUAGAAGAGGAAGUGGAAUAUUUCUCAAUUAUUCUGGAAGGUAUGAGGUGAAUCCAAACAUCAGUGGGAAGGAGUCCACAUCUUCAAUGACGUCUAACACCUCUGAAGAGGGCAGCACAAGCAGCGCUAGCAGUGUGGAUGGUGAUAUUGUAACAACUUCUUCGGAAGAUGAGGACAGUUAUAAUAACAUUGACUGGCCAAGAUAUACCAGUUUUGAUGAGAACAUAUAUGACCUUGACCUCCACAAAUUUGAAGAGGAUGAGGAGACACAGGAAAUGUAUAAAAGAUACAUAGAGGUUGGUGCCGCUGAAAAUCCGCCAGAAAACGUGGAUCCAGUUCAGUAUGUGCUACCUCAACUUCCGGAACUAAAACCUCUUGGAGAGUAUAGGAGUGAUAUAUAUUGUGUUGAAGAGCCAUCAGUGAGUAAAAGGUCUUUAGAACUGUAUGUGCAGUAUGUCAACUGCGGGAUACAUGGAGCAUCAGAACCCUCGGCCGCCAAUAAAGAAAUUUACAAAAGUUAUGUGAGACAGUUGUAUAUGUGAUCUAUAGAAUAUACAGUGUAGAAGACAAGUGCAAUACGUGAUAAUUAGGAGACUGAGCAAAUGUCGUUCAUAAAAGAUUUAUAGCAUAGACAUUUCUUUUGUUGAAUAUAUAUACAGUCAUUGCAUUAUAAUUUUCAUGAAAUCUAUUUGAACUCUUAUUUGGCCCGAAAGGUGGAAAAUCUUAGUAGUUACAAUGCUUGAUUGGGCACAUGUGUUUACAUUUGUCAUGUUUUUAUGUUGAUACUUGCAAAAAUCCAUUAUUUCUUAAAUGUGCGACUGUAGAUUUCUUUGUCAUUUUUCAAAAGUCUUGUGUUAGUUUUAAAGAGGUGCAGCAGAUAUCCCAGCAGUGUUCAGAAUGUCAAUGUAUUCAGUUAGCUGUACCUCUAUCAGUUCAGUUUUUUGUUCUGUUUUGUGUUUGAAUAUAUUUGUAAUAAGGGACCAUGUGCAAUAAGUGAAGCUGUGAUCUCAAAUACUACUUUAUUAUCUCAAAUUGUUAAGCAUCUCCUUUGAAGAAGAGAGGGAUAUAUUGUUUUGAUCGUGCUGGUUAGACUGUCUGUUUAUAGGAUUGUUAGAUCUUAUUGCCUGUGGUCAGUAAAUGUUCUGAUUUUCAGCAUGUCAAAGGUCAUGGUCAAAGCGAUCUUGUGACUGAAAAAGGUUCUUGCUUGGUAACUAAAGGACACUUCUUGCUGCAGCUGUCACACUUAAUAGAAUGGUAGAUGACCCCAAUUGUUUUGAGGUCAGUAGGUUAAGGUCAAAUUCACAAUGACCUCAAGAUUGAAAAUGGUUUGUGCUUAGUUGAAGAACUGUUGGAGCCUACUGUCUUCAAACGUCAUAGGUGGAUUGCCUGUGGUCAUUAGAUGACACUGGUUAUUUUAGGGGUUAAGUAGGUCAAAGGUGGAUUGACCUUGAGACUGAGAACUGUUUGUGUCUAAUAACUAACAAUGCCUGUGGCUGCUGCCUUCAAGGUUUACACGCUUAUUUUGUGUUGUCAGUAGGUGACCCAUAUUGUUAUUGGCCUUGAGAGUAAAAAUAGCUUCUGAUCAAGCAGUCGGGGAAACUAUUCGGCUUAUGGCCUUUAAACUUAAUAGACCGGUUGCCUGUAGUCAGUUGACCCCUGCAGGUUUUAGGUCAUUAAAGUGGAAGGUCAAGGUAACAGCAUUCCUUAGACUGAAAAUACAUACCAAGUUACCUCUGACAUGCCAUCAUGGGUAGCAUAUCUGAUUUGCAAACAGUUUUUGUUCAAAAAUAUAAUUUCUACAAAGGGUGUUAAAAAAUACCUGGAAAAGUGUUCUCAUUUCUUUAUUUCUGGUCCCAUUUUGCUAAAUUUGAAAAUAUGACGGAUAGGAACAUAUUAAAUGCGAAUGUCUAAAUUACAGAUUUCAGAACGUGCACAAUACAUUUUUUUUGUCUCCUAGACAACAUCACUACGGUAACAAUAAAAGUGGCCCAACGUCAUUAUGACGCUGUAAUAUCACACACAAUCUACACAACUCGUCAUUACCAUUGGUUCAAUGAUUAUUGCCAUUAAACACUUUUUUACAGCUUCCUACAAAUAAAUAAAUACUGUUCGUAUGAUAUACCUGUCCUUUUGGAGAAAUUGGACACUGAACUGUGAUGCCGUAUCAAGGAGCUGUUUAAUUUAUAAAACAUGAUUGAAAGUUAUUUUUAUGUCUCUACUAAGUACCACAAGUCGUCAGUAAUAUUCUCUUGACCACUUUUAAACAUCCAGUUCCACUAAUACAAUUUUGUUUUCUUCAGGGCAUUGUCCCUUAAAACUUUUGCAGCAGAGCAUUUGUCUCUUUCCUUGACACAAAAUGUUAUUUCAUGUCUCCAUUCAACACUGAUUUUCAAGUGAUGACCAACACAAUAUGCCUGCCACACAUUUUAAUGUCAUAUUUAUAAUUUGACGUUAAUGGAGUAACGCUUACACUUCACAUCAGUAUUCACCCAAUUUAAGAAAAGGUUGCAUGAUUAAUAGGUAAGUGGCAAGUAGUGUCUUAGUGCAUGUAAAAUAGAAAAAGAGUCAAAAUUGGGCUUGAUGAUGUCACAUGACGUUGCCAUGGAGACUAACAUUUACUUAUAAUUUAUCCAAGACAAUAUAAUUUUAACAUAUCAACUCAGUAUUCCUUAGUUUAUAUUAAAUAGUAAUUUCAAUUAUUUUUAUGAUACAUGAAGAAUUGAAUUUGGGUAUUUAUUGAACACCCCUCAUAUUCAACAGAGUGUACAAAAAUAAAUAGUGUUUUAUGAAUUCUUCACAAUAAGGCAGCUAUGUGCCGACUAUUUGCGAAAUAAGAGACAUUCUGUAAAAUGUUUAUAUUCUUGUAUGUAUUUGUUACAAAAAUAGUUGCAUUAAUAACAAAACUUUGUUGAACUAAUAAAUUUAUAGUCAAUUAUGAA